CUCUCGACUGACAGUGACAGAUAAAAAUAAUAGGGUUAUAUUGACAUUUGUUAUUUUAGUAGUAGUAAAUAUCGUAAAUAUUCAGUUUGUUUGAAUUUUUAUUCUAUCUAUGCAUAAAAAGAAUGGGAAGGUUGUGUGCUGUACCACAUUGUUACACAGGAUAUAAAAGAAAAUCAACGGAGAAAAUAUCUUUAUAUAAAGUGCCAGAUGAUGAUUUUUUCUUGACAAAAUGGCAGGAAGCUAUAGCCAGAGAAGACAGACCAAUAACACCUAAAGAUUAUGUCUGUGAGAAGCACUUUACAGAAGAUGAUAUUAUUCGCAAAAGAAUAAGAAAAGACGUUGUAGAAGAAUAUCAAAGACCAAAACUUCGACAAGAUGCCAUCCCUUCUAUUUUUCCAGAACUUCCUGAAUUUAUAUUAAAGAUGACGAAAAAACGUAGAAAAAUAGUGGAAGGUGCAACUACUACAAACAACACAAAUGCCACUUCCAUGAAUAAAAUAAAUGAAGAAAACGAAGACAUAAAACCUGAUAUUAAAAUUGAACCUGAGGCUGUAAAUGAAUUUGAAAGAACAAAUACAUUUGAAGCAGAGAUUAAUACUGAUGAAAUUGAGAUAAAAGAAGAAAUUGAUUGUGAACCUACGAACGAAUCCGAAGAAAUAGAGGAGAUGGAUUCUAGUGGAAUUAAGUUGUAUCAAUGUGACACGUGCAACUAUAGGACAAAAUUUUCACACAAUUUGAGGACCCAUAAGAUAAAACAUCUAUCAGGGGAAGACGCCUAUAUGACAUGUGAAUAUUGUUCUUUUAAAUCAAAAUGGGAAACUACUUAUAUAAAUCAUAUGAAAACUAAGCAUGGAGUCAUUUUAAAAGAACUGUUUAAAUGUCCUUUUUGUAAGUUCAAAACAAAAAACAAAAAUUUUCUUAUAAAGCAUUGCGAGAAACAGCAUGAGGAUCAAGACCAAACUUAUAGUAACUUGAUAUACGAUUCGCAGCAAACCAAAUCACAGCCUUCAAUGAACGUUCAUGUCUUCACACAUGUUAAUUCUGAAUCCCAACAAGAAUCUGAUGUAAAUGAUGCUUGUGAAGAAGAUAGAGAAUCAAAUUCUAUAGUAACUCCAGACAAGCCUAAUGUUGUUCAAACACCGGAUAUUCAAGAACCAACAAGAAAAUCAGUCAAAAACAAUACGGAAAUCAAAAAAGGAACUAAAGAUAGUAAAUUAAACUCGAAAACUAAAACAAGUAAAAAAGUUAUGUUUAAUUGUACCAGGUGCCCUUAUAAGUCACAUUCCCAAUCUUUACUAGAUUAUCAUAUAUUAAAACAUCAAGCUUCUGCUAACAAAAUUCCCCUAAAUUGUAAAAAAUGUAGUUACACAACAUUUACUCAAGAGGAACUUAAUAAUCAUUGGAAAAGUGCAUUCCACUGUGACCAAUGUCCUUACGCAUCUGAGGACGAAUCUGAUUAUUUUAAUCAUACAAUAAAUCACAUAGAUACUUCAGUGGGUGCCGACGAAUACAAUGUUGAUCCUAUUAAAGAAGAAAAACAAGAUCCAGAGGAAGAAGUAUUGCCAAAUGUUCAGGAUUUCUGUAUGGUUACUAUAAAAGAAGAACGACAAAAUCUACUAGAUGAAUAAAGUAAAUAUUACUAAGUGUACAGCUCAAGAAACCACGACGUGUGUCCUAUUUAAAUUGUGUGCAAAAUAUACUUGAAUUUUAGACAUUCAAAUUUUUUUUUGAUAAAUUAAUUGUACACAAACAAAAGACAGUAUCAAUAUAUAUUCUAGCACAUUCGGAAGAAUUUUAGCGCUAAAAUUAUUUAAAAAAAACAGGCUGGGUAAGAAAUUGAUGUUGGACAACGUAGGAGUAUUACUUUUGGAAGAAGUAUAAUCAAAAUAUAAGAGAUAAUCCAGGAAUAUUUGCGACAAUGUUUUUACCAGCAGCACCUUUCAUUGUUUAAAGAUUAACAUGGAAACAAUCAUUGUAAAGUAUUGCCAAGGAUAAAUCCAUAAUAAAGUUAAUAAAUUCUUAUUUUAGCAGAAGAUGAAGUCAGUUUAUUUAGAUUAUAGCAAUAUUAUUAAUAUAAAUAUUGUGAUUGUUAAGAUUUGCAAAAUAAAUAAAUAAAUGUUUCGUCAUUUGUCUACAAA